AUGGCGGCGCCGGGCACCAAGUCGGGAGCACGCUCACGCGACCCCUCGGGGCUCCAUGGCGGAUGUGCCCAUCCCCCGGAGCCCGGAGGUUCCUCCUCACGCCCCACAGCCGCGCGUGCCGCCAGCGUCCGGGCACCGGGCCGGCCGCAGGCGGCCGGGUGGCGUGGGCGAAGGCCCUGCCGUACGCCAAGAUGGCGCCGGGGCACUUCCGGGCGCGCUUCCGGCCCCGCCCGCGCUGAUUGGCCCCCGCGGCUUCCGGCCGGCUCCGCCCGCGCUGAUUGGCCCCCGCGGCUUCCGGCCGGCCCCGCCCGCGCUGAUUGGCCCCCGCGGCUUCCCGUCCGCGUCGCCCUGCGGCCCGUCGGAGCGACGCCGCCGCCUCAGCCGGCGCCGGGGAAGAUGGACGCGGCUACUCUGACCUACGACACUCUCCGAUUUGCUGAGUUUGAAGAUUUCCCAGAGACCUCAGAGCCCGUCUGGAUCCUGGGGAGGAGAUACAGCAUCUUCACAGAAAAGGACGCCAUCUUGUCUGAUGUGGCUUCCAGACUGUGGUUCACGUACAGGAAGAACUUCCCCGCCAUUGGGGGCACUGGCCCCACCUCCGAUACUGGCUGGGGCUGCAUGCUGCGCUGUGGACAGAUGAUCUUUGCCCAGGCUCUGGUGUGCCGGCACCUGGGCCGAGACUGGAGGUGGGUGCAGCAGAAGAGGCAGCCAGACAGCUACUUCAGCGUCCUCAACGCUUUUGUGGACAGGAAGGACAGCUACUACUCCAUCCACCAGAUAGCUCAAAUGGGUGUCGGCGAGGGCAAGUCCAUCGGGCAGUGGUAUGGGCCCAACACAGUCGCCCAGGUCCUCAAGAAGCUUGCCGUCUUCGACACCUGGAGUGCACUGGCUGUGCACAUCGCCAUGGACAACACUGUGGUGAUGGAGGACAUCCGAAGGCUGUGCAGGGGCAGCUCUCUGUGUGUGGGUGCCGCCGCCUUCCCUGACGCCCCGGACCAGCACUGCAACGGCUUCCCGGCUGGCGCGGAGGCUGGAGCCACGGCUGAGCCCUCCAAGAGGCCGGCCCCCUGGAGGCCCUUGGUGCUGCUCAUCCCCCUGCGCCUGGGGCUGACGGACAUCAAUGAGGCCUACGUGGAGACACUCAAGCACUGCUUCAUGAUGCCCCAGUCCCUGGGCGUGAUUGGAGGGAAGCCCAACAGCGCCCACUACUUCAUAGGCUACAUGGGCGAGGAGCUCAUCUACCUGGACCCGCACACCACGCAGCCAGCGGUGGAGCCCUCCGACAGCUGCUUCGUUCCUGACGAGAGCUUCCACUGCCAGCACCCCCCAAGCCGGAUGAGCAUCAGGGAGCUGGACCCUUCCAUCGCUGUGGGCUUCUUCUGUCAGACCGAGGAUGACUUUAAUGACUGGUGCCAGCAGGUCAGAAAGCUGUCGCAGCUUGGGGGCGCCCUGCCCAUGUUUGAGCUAGUGGACCAGCAGCCUUCCCACCUGGCCUGCCCCGAUGUCCUGAACCUGUCCCUCGAUUCUUCUGACGUAGAGCGGCUGGAAAGAUUCUUUGAUUCGGAAGAUGAAGACUUUGAGAUCUUGUCCCUUUGAAAGGCCCAGGCCUGGGACGGUCUCCACGGCUCUCACUGGGGGCACCCAGCCUGGCCACGGGGUGCUCGGGCGGGCCAUCCCAUCGCACCCAUCCAGCUGCCCCCGCCAGUGCCCCUCUGCCGGGACCGGGGCCUUACCGGGAGCGGGCCUGCUGGUCCCAGGGGCGCCCCACACUGCCAGCCCCGCACCGCCGCUGUCCGCUUCUGAGCCCUGUGCUCUGGGUCUGCUUUGGGAUUAAAGUCCUGCUCCGCGUCCUCCACACAGACACGUGUUUCUGUUGGGCGAGCCUCAGGUCAGAGGUGGAAGAGACACUCAGAAGACAUGUCCGCAGCCCAAGGGCUACCUCAGGAUGGCGGGAGGAAGCAGGACCCCGGGGUUCUCUGGCUUGGGGAGGAAGCUGCCACGGUGCGGCAGAAACCCAAAGAUGGCGCUUGAGUGAGGACAGAUGGCCAGCUUCAGGUGAAGGCCGCACUUCACGGGAUCCCUGUCCCCAGACAUGCCUGCUGCUGGCUUGCUGGUCCCAGCCGCCCCUGGAUGGGCAGCGGGGUCGGGCAGGGCCCUGGCCUUGUGGUACGGCAAGAGUCCACCAGCCACUGUGUCAGCUGGGGUUCCAGAACCUUUUCAGCAGUGACUGCCCGCGGCCAGCACGCGUCCUGGGGGCAGGAAGCCUGAGCAGGCGCAGAGGGGCCUUUUGCUGCCCCCCCACCCUCCAGGGCCACCUCCCACUAAGUUAUUUCUCCCCUUCUGCACCCUUCCCAGCAGGCUGGAGGUGGGACAUGGCUGGGACUUUCACGUGCUGGAAAAGGCUUAUGGAAGAAGGUUCAUUCUUAGUAGCGUAGUUUGCAAUUCUUAACUGCAAAUAAUAAGUUUCAGUAGAAAACAG